CCCUUCGACGCUGCCGCCGCCGCGGUUGGAGCUGUCGCGUGCCUUUCUGCCCCGCCGCCGCCGCCGCCGCCGCCGCCGCGUGGCCUCCUGCUCCGCCGCCCCCGCCACACUCCUCCUCCGCCGCCGCGCGGCCUCCUGCUCCGACGCGCCCCCGCCGCGCGCCCUUCUGCUUCGCCGGCCCUGCCGCAAUUAAUCGUCCGCGCGUGGACACCAUACUCCCGGACUGAGGUGGCACUGGCGGCAGCCCAUCGAUGCUGUCGCCCUUAUUCUGCUUCCCGCCGCCGCGAGCGCCGGUCUCAGAUAUAGGGGAGUUUGCGCCCGUCAGGACUACGAUGAGGGAUGCGCAGAUCCCCCUCUUCCUGCCUAGCGAUGGUAGCUGCAGGUAUACAAAAUGUUCCAGAUUUCCCUUGCACGUUAACUGCUAUCAUGAACUCCUGUUCGAAACUUCAAAAUUGCCAUGAUGUUACUCUUAACUGGUUUAGUAGAAAUGAACCCUCAGCUUGGAAAUUCCACUAAUAUAGAGGCAGCACAUGUGCAGGAUAAAAGCUACUUUUUUGUAGGUAAUGUCAUUCCUCUGCUUUUGGAGAAAGCCAAUGUUUUUUUCUUCUGACAGCAAAUGCUUUCAUGGGCAAGUGAUUUAUUGGAGAAUGAAGACAACAAAAAAGGGUGUUGUAAUGGUAAGAGUCACAUCUAUAUUGUGCACCUAUUUCUUUCUAGAGUAAGUACUAUCAUGUUGGGGAAACAAAAGGUUUUCACAAGAUCCCCGGUCUAAGCUUAUGAAUGAAUUUACUGAAAUCCUGGGAAAUCUUUCUUAUCUUGAACAUUUUAGUGACAUGAUGCCAUCAACAGAACAAGUUCAGCACAGUGAAGAGCACUAGCGUUGUCUUCAGCAUGCAUGUAUUUGAUUGUGUGCAUGCUCGUGCUAGAUCAGUGCAACUGUGCAAGACAUGCACAUUGCUCAGAUAACUUUCAUGCAAUUUGUUUCAGGCCAAAGCUUCAAAGAAGCAUAGGUUUCACCAUUUGAGAGGUUUAUGUAAUAGGUUUGAGUAGAUCUAUGCCUCUUAAUGAAACAUGAGUUUAUUAGGACAGAAGAUGACAAUGAAGAAGGAUAACUGAUCUUCAUAUAAAAAAUAAAUCCUUUGGAAACCAUGAGUGGACAAUACCUGCAAUUGAAGGAUAAAAUAAAGCUGGGGCACAUAAAUACACAAGUGUGUGGAAAAUACCUAAGCCUAAUAUAACUCACUCCUAAGCAGUGAGCGCACUUGACAUUUCUACGAAGACAAUUUAGUAACCAAAAUAAGCACAUAUGUGAGCUGCCAAUUUCUAAAAGAAAAAACAUAGAAGAAACUAUUCUAGUAAGGUCAAUGUUAGAAGAUUGAUGAUAUGGGAGGGAGGAAGACCAAGCGUAAUUUUCCGUGAUACUUUCAACUUCAAGGCAAGGUAUGCUCAUAUCUCACAUGACACUUCUAAAAAUUUAUAUCAAGCUUAUUAUUGCAUAAUUUGUUCCCUUGUAAAAUUUUAGACAUUUUCAAGCACAUUUGGGUAUUAUUAAAAUUUAAAGACCAUUAAAUUUCAAUUGAGCAACAUGCAAAUUAGAUGUAUAAGUAGUACUUAGUUUGUUCUUUCAUAUUAUGCACAUUUAUGUUUUAGUAUGUUCAUGUACUCAAAUAUGGUAGUUCCCAACACUUGUUUUUUUUUUCAAAACUUCACUAGAUGUCCACAAUUUUUUUUUUUCAAAACUUUACAAGAUAUCCUAAUAUAAACUCGAACCACAUAUGUCAAUAUGGAUUCUCUGUUCAAUUGGCUAGUGCGCUUGUUCGGAUGAGCUGCUUGCCCACCCGAGUUUGAAUGUGAUAAUUAAGAACUGCAUGUAGUUUAUAAAUUCCUCGUGAUUGAUUUUGUUUUGUGUCUUUUCACAAUUGCCUAAAGUUCUUAUCAGACAAGAUUAAAUUAAUACCACAAACACCGCUGGAACUCGGAGUACAGAGUAUUGGCCAUCACACACCAUUGGUCUUUGCACGAUGUGCUAAUUGGGUAUUCAUCACACACGUUUGAGGGGAACAAACCAUGUGCAAGAAAUCGCACACGGUUUGGAUAUAUCAACCUCGUGCGUUCAAUUCACCAUUGCAGAUGGUUGCAUCAUGGGCACACGGUUUGGUUUCGCAACCAUGUGCGAUUAUGCACAUCACACAUAAUUGCUUCAAUCCGUCUGCGAUUGGGGGGCCUUAAAAGGCCUGAUCUAUAAUAGUGCAAGACGAAUUCAAUCAGCAGUAACCUUGGAUGAAUGGAGCACAAACAUAAUGCAUGUAAGAAGGGUGAUGGUGCAUUAACAGGAUAAAUUUAGCAGAUUCAUAAAGCCAUACAAGCUGAUUUAUGAAAUCCAAAGGAAGGUGGAAUGAUAUUGGGGAAAAAGAAAUGAAUGAAUCAAUGUUCAAAUAACCAGCACAACUAUCGGUAGUUCUGUACCAGUUACAAGAGUCUCGCUACCGAGAAAUAAGCAUGGAACAUACCAAAUGAAUAUCGCAGUUCAAAUACUUUUCCCCUUCAAAAGCACAAAACUAAUCCAAAGAUACAGCUCAGAGAAGGUUGGGACAAAGAGGUUUAAGGAGAUGUUUUCCUAAUAAAUAGUAAUCAGUAAGUGAGGGGGUAUAUGUCCACAAUAAUUAACUUAGAGACUAACUGACUAACAGUGUACAUUGUCAGCCAACUCCUGAGAGCGAGUACGAUGCAUUUCAUCACAUCCAGGCUAAGACACUGUGGAUGACAUAUAUGACAGCUAAACUCAGAGAGAAGGAGAAACAAAGGAAUAGUUCUUCCCGGCACAUAUGGUAGGUCGAAACACCUUAUAAGUCCCCGUGUUUGAUGCGGCUUAUCACAGAUGGACAUUCGGAGAAAACCCAGCAGCGAUGAAGCUUUUCACUCAUGUUUAUCCAUAUGCCAGCUAUGACCAGCCACUGAAAGGACAUCUGUUUCAAUUUUAUUUCAAACAAGGGCGUACUGUACAUGUAAGUAUAUGUUUGUUUUUGGUGUGGAUCUGAGGCCUCCAAAAGGCAGAGGGAGGGCACACACUUUGUUGAAGCUUUUCAUUUGUAAAUUCAGCAUCUCUGCAAUAAAGUGACGAUUUGUUUAGCUGGGGCUUUGGAAUAAUUAGUAUAUGUGGACUAUAUACACCAUUCUUUUCUCAAUACAUAGCAAAUCAUGAGACAAAGCUUUGACCAAGAAUUACUUUGUUAGUAUAUGGUUUUAUGACAUGAAAUUUAUACCACUAGAUUCAUCUUCAAAAGUACUUACUGGUAAUUUUGAUUUCGUAUCAUAUAAAUCCCAUAUUAAUGAAGUAAUUCUUGGUGAAAGCAUUGUCUUAAUGAAACCUCAUAUGACAUGCAUGGAGAAAAGAAGGGAGUGUGUAUUUUGUGUAUGGAUAUGAUUAUUCUGCAUUUCUGCAAGUAGUUUCUUUGUUUUUUGUCAGGGCGGCAUCAUAAAAUACGAGGUAGCCAUGCUCUCUAAAAAGGUUAUCACAUGCAGGUAAGUAUUCAAACCCUCUGUCAUACGCCCCCUCAAUUAUUAAAAUGAGAUGGUAAAGUUAAAAGUUGAAAGCAACAUAUAUGGAUUUGUUCUCUCUAUUGGUCUGCUUUCAAGGCCUGCAGAUUCAAAUCAUUGAUUGGAGGACAAAUGUGUACACUGUUACAAGUUCAAGCUUCACAAAGCAAUGAGACCAUGGUUAAUAUCCAUACAGGCAUACUCUUAUAUAUUUCUGAUGUAGUAAUUUAUAAAAUAAAUAGUAAGCUAUAAAAUAAUUACACUUUCUCUUUGCAUUUCGGGUGUGGGCACAUGGGUGGAUGACUCACGAUACAGAGUAUUUAUGGUUUUUGUUGCCCAGAUAGAAUUCUUUUCUCAGGAAAUUCUUUGGGUGACACUCAAAUCUGAACCUUGUUGUUCUUGUUUCCUCGUUGGUGGCAAUAUUGAAGGGUGGUGUCGCUGUGUUUCCAUUGUAUUUUUUUGCACAUGACUGGCUUAGUUAUUAAAACGAUCCAGCUAGCCAGUAAAAAAUUAUGGGGAAUAUUCGCAGCAUCGAUUUCUCUUUUGUUUAGGUCUGCUUUCGUUACCUGCAAAUAGAAAAGCUGAGGGAGGCUUUGCAUGCACUUUAAAAAAAAAUACUACAUUGCUUACCUUUUGAUUUGUAAAUUCACUUGACCCACACACUAGCUAUUUGGGUUAGGCCCUUGUUUUGAAAUAUACUACUAGUACUGUAGUAUAAAGGUUAUCUCGGAUGGGUGAGUGCCAGUCGAAACCAGAAAUGAAUGCACGUUUCCAAGCUAGCUAAUUAGCCCUGAGAGAGCGAGAGAGCAUACUGGAGUGUAGCGUUGAAGAAGACGGACGGAUAAAACCAAUUAAGCUCGCUAGGCAGCAGCUUGAUUGAUUGAUGGAUGUUGAAGCAGGUAGGCACGCAACAUGCAUGUACAUUAAUUUGCAUGCAUGUCUAGAUACUGUAGUGUACUAGUGUAGGCAGACAUGGAUGGACGGCAGCAAAGUCGUCCACUUCAGGGCAUACGAAGACUUUUGUCUAAAAACGAAUGCAUACAUGUAUGCUUGUCGAUCUGUUAAUUGCAGGACAGAGGUCCAGUAAUGGUCAGGCGGAUUUCGCCGAGUCCCAGAUGACAGUGUCAAGCAGCUUUAUAGAUCAAGGGCAGCAGAGCUCCGGUGCAGCAGCAGCACCACCACCACCACUGGAGGAGGGCGACGAUUCCUUGAUAACAGAGAUACUAACAAUUAUUCCGGUGACAUUGUUGGACACUAGCGUCUCUUGCCUCAUCUCAUGGGCCGGCGACGGCAUCGACCGUGGCCAUUACAUACCAGGCCUGGUGCGCAUUGGCCCCUUGCACCGGCAGGAUCCAUCUCAACGAUCAGCUGACUGGGUGGAGCAGGUGAAGAAGGACGUGCUCCGUGGCCUGCUGAUGAGCCAUGAUGAAGCAGGACGUCGAGAGGAGCUGAGGAGCUACCUGGAAGCCAUGGAAGGCAUGGAGGCCGAUGCGCGGCGGUGCUACAACAGGACUUUCAGCUUGAUGACGAGCAAGGAGUUCGCGCGCAUGCUGCUCCUGGACGGGUGCUUCCUCUACUCGCGCUUCGUCUCCUGCAGCGUCGACGACAUCACCGUCGACCGCGACAUCAUCUUCCUCCUAGAGAACCAGAUACCUUUCUUCGUCCUCGAGGAAAUCCACAGGCUGCUCAUCGCACGUGGAAGGCCAGAUGUGUCGGUUGUUGUCCUCGAUAAGGUGGCCAGCCGCGUGGAACAAGUGCUCCGCUGCAAUGGCUACAGCUCAACCACGUUGGACCACACAUCAUCACCUCCUCCUUGUCAUCUCCUUCAUUUGCUCUACAUGUACUUCAUCCCUGCAGGUGCCGGUACAGGUUCAGGUACAGUACAGGUCCCUGUUUGUUGGCGCACGGUGACACACUGCUUCUCCACCAGUGUGAUGCUCCUGAAGCGAAUGCUUGGAGUAGGGCAUACUAACAACACCAGCAGCAGCAGCAACAACACCAACUCCAACAGCAGCAACAACACCAACACCACCAGCAGCGGUGUCCCUGCGCCCCAGGUUCAUUGGCGCACUGCGACGCAGUACUAUGCUGCCGGGGUGAGGCUCGUGAAGCGGAAGCUGGGCAAUGGCGAGGGGGAGGCACGCUCCAUCCUAGACGUGGAGGUCAGAGGAGAAACGCUCCAUGCCCCUUGCCUGACGGUGGACAACAACACCUUCAGGAUGCUGCGCAACAUGGUGGCCCUGGAGCAGAAGAGCCUGCAGCAGCGGACCUCCCACGUCACUGCCUACUGCCUCUUCAUGUCGCAGCUUGCGAGCACGGAGAAAGACGUGGAGCUGCUCAUCACCAAGGGCAUCAUCGUGCACCUGCUCCACAGCAACAAAGACGUCGCCACGGGCCUCGCUGGCCUCUGCGACGGUGUCGUGCUCAACGCCUAUGACCCAGACCUCUGCUACCUUAGGCACCAACAAGAGGCGCUCGAGAAGCUCUGCCGGAGCAGCUGGAGGAAGUCCAAGGCGUGGCUACGGCACAUCAAGUGUGACAACCGUUUGAAGAUGCUGGCGGUCGUGGCAGCCGUCGUCAUCUUCAUAGCUACCCUGCUGCAACUGUUGUUUGCUGGACUCGGCUAUGGCAAUGGCAAAGGCCACUAGUACGAGAGAAGGGCAGAGUAAACAGAUAAUUUUUUACUCCGUAUGUUAGAAUUAACUCAAACUGUGUUACUGGAGCAGUAGAUUUCAAGCCCGGACGUCUUGUUCGUAUACGAGUGUAAGUGCUGCUAGAGCGUGGGUGAUGGAGAGUCUCAUUUGUUGUAUUUAAUCUUGCUAGUACUUUUCUUUUGAUCGGGAAUGAGGUAUUUAAUCUUGCUAGUACUUUUCUUUUGAUCGGGAAUGAGGUAUUUAAUCUUGCUACUU